AUGUAUCAGUACAUUGCAAAGAACGUGAGACACCUGUAUGGUCUGCCUCCGGACACCGAAUACCACAACGGGAUCAGUGGCCAGCGGUCCGUGUACCACACGUACGGUCGGUAUUACUUGUACUUGGCCACUACUUUUGCGGCCAGCGGACGGCAGUCGGCCACGGCUGGCCGCGGGGUGCAGGGACCGCUGUCGCUGUUCGAUUACAUGCAAUCGAUCGGCAUGGUGACAGAUGCGCGGCAUCGCGGCCCCCGGACGUCCGGCUGUCGUACGGAUGACCGGCCGCUGCCGCCAAAAGACAAAAUGGUGCUGGCUCGGUUGCCGGCCACCGAGUACCUGCGAGGCGGACAGUGUGCGCACGCAGAUCAGGCUGUUGCGCGAUUGCGUCCGAUGAAGCAACAGGCGUGCAUGGAGCCGCCGCGGCCGUCUUCGAAACGCAAAAAAAAAAAAAACGUUGAAUUCGUCCAUUUUGACAUAUUGGUAAUUAUUAAUCUAGCCACUGUGACGUCUAUAUAUAUUAUAUACGUCUGUAUAAUGUAUAUCACAUAUUUUCAGAUCAUUGUGACGGUUGUAAAUACUUGCAAAGUCGUUGUGUUUUAUGAAUAUAUAUCACUAAUAUUAUAUACACAGUGGCUAGUGUACAUGAUAAAUGAACAAAUUCCCAAAAGAAGAUCGUGCUUAAGUUCAUUCAGAGAUAUGUACUUGGAAGUCGUAGAAUGCUUAAACGAUGUCAAUAAAUCAAUAUAUGGUUUGCCGGCCAUAGUUGUUUUUAUUGCAACAAAUGUCGCCGAAACAAUUUUUAUAAUAUACAGCCAAGUAUUAUUUUCUAGAGAAUAUGACAGUUUGUUUGUAUUUCCUCUCGUGAGAUUAUUAAUCAUUUCAGCUAAUGUUCUAACAUUAUACAAGAUUGGUCACGCCACGGAAAAAGAGAUAAAUCGGAUGAGUUUUGUCUUACAUCAACGAUCCCUAAUCGAAAGAAACCCUAGAAUUAAACGUCAGAUCAAGUUUUUUUUACUACGAAGAUUGCACGAACACUUCUAUUUUCAGUUGUAUGGAAUGUGUCUUAUCAAUCUAAGGCAACUACUUAUCCUCACAAACAGUGCAAUUAGUUAUUUAGUAAUUCAAAUUCUGUUCAAAUUAAAUAAAUAA